UUGAGAGCAGGCAAGAAGGCAGAUAGGAAUUGCGCAACGCCCGGCAUCUCUCGACUAUCCUGCCCGAGUCCAGCCAUGCCCAAGAUCCUCCUGGCUCUGGUACUCGGGGUGCUGCUGUCUGAGUUGAGGCUGCCAAGUGAGGCCAGGACACCACCCUAUGGUGUCAAACUGUGUGGCAGAGAGUUCAUCCGUGCAGUCAUCUUCACUUGUGGAGGAUCUCGCUGGAGACGGGCAGGAAAUGUCGGUGCCCUCCCUGGAGGAGAUUCUGCAGAAGCCUUUGCUGCAACUUCCUCAUCCAGUGAAUGGGUCCCGAUCCACGCCCCGCCGAAAGAUCCGUCUGACUAUUAUGGGAGCUGGCAUGGCCAGCAGAGCCACAGUCCCUCGGAAGAAACCUGGGGCUUUGACCGUGGAGCCCGAGAUGUUUUGGCAGGACUGAGCAACGCUUGCUGCAAGUGGGGCUGUAGCAAGAGUGAAAUCAGCUCCCUGUGCUAAGGGGUGGCGUGCGAGGUUGAGUGUGUGUGUGGGUGUUUGACAAAAAGGGAAUUCCAAUAUUCAAAUAUUUGUAAACUUGAAGCUCAGACCAUCAGACACAAAAAUGUGCACACAGCUGGCCAUAAAUAUCUCUAUUAAAGCUCCACCCCUUUCACCAAGCUAGGAAAAUGUGCCCAAGAAUUAUAAUUCCCAGCAUCCUAUGAGACAAAGUCUAAAUCACUAAGCCUCUUGGGCUUGCCAAUCAGAAGGUCGGCGGUUCAAAUCCCCAUGACGGGGUGAGCUCCCGUUCCUCUGUCCCAGCUUCUGCCAACCAAGCAGUUCGAAAGCACACCAGUGCAAGUAGAUAAAUAGGUAACGCUGUGGUGGGAAGGUAAACGGCGUUUCUGUGCACUCUGGUUUCCAUCACCAUGUUCCGUUGCGCCAGAAGCUGUUUAGUCAUCCUGGCCACAGGACCCGGAAAACUGUCUGUGGACUAACACCAGCUCCCUCAGCCUGAAAGUGAGAUGAGCGCCGCAACCCCAUAGUCGCCUUUGACUGGACUUAACCUUCCAGGGGUCCUUUACCUUUACCUACCCCACACUGGCAUACUGCCAGACAGCUCUCCUAAGUGGCUGCCUACACAAUUUGAGUGGGAUUUAAUGAUUCUGGCAAGUCCCAAUUAAUUGACAAAUUCCCACUCUACCAUUACUUCCCUUAUGCUGCUCCCCUCCUACAGCUGCCGUUGAUAAACCUGAAGUUUGUUUUCCUACAGCCAUUACUGUCAUAGGAAACCAAAUGUACCUGCAGUCACAGUAG